AUGCCUUCAAUUCGAAUCUCAUCGCUCACAUUCGAGCACCAUGCGACUGGAUUUGGUAUUGGCCAUGCCAAACCUCGGAUUUCGUGGCGCUUCGACAAUGACGGGGACGUGAAGAAUUGGGUGCAAGAGUCGUACGAGAUUCAACUCACUGGGCAGGAUCCAACGCAGAGGCCAGACACGCUUACCAUCAGAAGCGCCGACUCAGUUCUGGUUCCUUGGCCAUGGCGAGCUCUGGCGUCACGAGAAUCUGUUCAAGUUCAGGUCCGGACUCACGGCGUGUCCACAGACGACUCCGGCAACAGCACGACUGUUAGCACCGAGUGGUCAAGUCCGGUCACCAUCGAGACAGCGUUGCUCGACAACGCAGACUGGAAAGCAAAAUUGACGGCAUCUUCGUUCCAGCCUCCGGAAAGAGAGACGCUGCGACCCAUGUUGUUCCGAAAAUCCUUCUCGCUGCCCGGCGACGCGGGGCCCAUAUCGCAAGCCCGCCUCUACAUCACGGCGCAUGGGGUGUACAAAGCGUAUCUCAACGGCCAGCAGAUUGGCAACGAGGAAAUGGCACCUGGAUGGACGAACUACAAGAGUCGGCUUCUCUUCUCGACGUUCGACGUGACCCAGCAGCUCCGAAUGGCAAAGAACGGAUCCAAUGUACUCGGUGUCGAAGUUGCCGAGGGCUGGUUCGCUGGUCGCUUAGCCUGGGCCGAUCAGCGCUGGGUAUACGGAAACCGCAUUGCAUUCCUAGCACAGCUCGAGGUUCGCUUCGACGACGGCAGUCAAUUGUACACUCUUACCUCCGACAACACGUGGACAUGCCGUCACAGUGCGACUGUGCGCUCCGAAAUUUACGACGGAGAAGACUAUGACGCUCGCGAGGACGAAAAAAUAACGGGGUGGGACAGCGAUCCCAGCUUCGACGAGGGCGGGGCUUGGAUGGAAACGGAGGAGCUGGCGUUCCCCUCUGCUCAGCUCGUCUCCUCGGACACGCCGCCUGUACGCGCCACAGAGACUAUUUCGCCGCUCAAGAUUUUCAAGUCGCCGUCUGGCAAGACUCUUGUUGACUUCGGCCAGAACCUGGUGGGAAAGCUUCAAGUGCGUCUCCCAGCGGCAGACAAAGACGGGCACAUCAUCAAGUUCACGCAUGCCGAGGUCCUUGAGCACGACGAGCUGGGCACCCGCCCUCUCCGGACCGCCAAGGCACUCGACCGUGUCUUUUUGUCUCAGCAGACGCACACUCAGCCGUCCACUUGGUCGCCCAAAUUCACCUUCCACGGCUUUCGCUAUGUGCAGGUCGACGGGUGGCCGACCCCUGAUGGCAUGCCCGCUGUUGGGGACCUUGCAGGCCUUGUCUUGCACAGUGACAUGAAGCGAACCGGAUGGUUCUCCUGCUCUGAACCACUCAUCAACAAGCUUCACGAAAAUGUGGUGUGGAGUAUGAAAGGCAACUUUUUCUCGAUACCAACAGACUGCCCUCAGCGCGAUGAACGACUUGGCUGGACGGGCGACAUUCAAGUCUUCUCUCCCUCGGCCAAUUUCAUCUACGACACGCGAGGGUUUCUCGGGAGUUGGCUCGAAGAUGUUCUGGCCGAGCAGCUACGAGACAACAAUCCGGGCUAUCCAGGGCUUGUGGUCCCUGAUGUUCUUGGAGACGACUUGGGGGCGCAAAGUGUCUGGCACGAUGUCACUGUGCUGACACCGUGGGACCUCUAUAACAGCUCGGGUGAUGUGGAGAUUUUGCGCAAGCAGUAUCCGAGCAUGAAGAUAUGGGUAGACAAGGGAAUACCCAGAGGCGACAACGGUCUGUGGGACCAGAAUGCCUGGCAGUUUGGUGAUUGGCUCGACCCUGCAGCUCCUCCGGAUGACGCAGCCGCGGGAAGGACCGAUGUCAUUAUUGUCGCGGACUGCUACUUGGUUCGGGUUCUCGAGGCCAUUAGCAAAAUCAGUUCUCUCCUUGGCGAAACAGAGGAUGCACAUCGGUACAGUGAGGAUGCUGCCAGGACCAAGGCAGCUUUCGGACGGGAGUAUAUUGCUUCUUCCGGUCUCCUUGUGGGAGACACUCAGACGGCAUAUGCGCUUGCGCUCAGGUUCGGGCUCUUUGACAGCACCGAAAAAGUUGAGAGGGCGGCGGAACGCCUUUGCCAUCUCAUUCAGGCCGCCAAGUACCGCAUCGCGACGGGAUUUGCAGGCACCCCCGUUAUCACACAUGCUCUCUCAGGCACUGGCAACCAUCAGAUGGCCUAUCGUAUGCUCCUCGAGCAGAGCUGUCCGUCGUGGCUCUAUCCAGUCACCAUGGGCGCAACAACCAUCUGGGAGAGGUGGGACAGUAUGCUUCCCGACGGCACGAUCAACCCGGGCGAAAUGACUAGCUUCAACCAUUAUGCCCUGGGCUCUGUUGCCAAUUGGUUACACGAGUGUGUUGGUGGUAUUGCCUCUCGCACGCCUGGGUGGCGGUCCAUCAAGGUCAAGCCGCUUCCAGGCGGCACAAUCACAAAUGCAGACGUGGCGUAUGAGAGCCCGUACGGGCGAAUUGCAUGCUCUUGGAAUGUCAACGAGGCCAAGGACACGUUCAAUAUGACCCUCGUUGUUCCUCCCAACGCCAGGGCACUUGUCGUUUUACCAUCCGAAUGGCAAGCGGCGAGUCAGGAGCCAGGGGACGAGAAAGGCAUCGCGGUUGGGCGCUUGGCCUCCACCGCCAACAUUUAA